UUAGAGCUGCACUGAGGACAGAGCUCAGUCCUCUGGGGAUGUUUGUUGCUGACACAACAUUCCUGAAAUGGAGGUUAAUCUUCCAGGGGGUGUUUUUUGCUUCUCCCUGGAGAUAGCUCACCAAGAACCCUCGAGGCAGCAGUGAUGACAGCAGGAGGAGUGAUUGCCACAACCAGGGUGACAUCAUUUAACCCCAUGGCCUUAGAGAAGUUAUUAAGGACCAUUUCCUAAUCAUGCCCUGAUAAGAGUGAGUAGCUUCUAAACAUUGAAUAAAUGCACUACUCAAGUCUUCCCAGCAUGAAGUUUUUUGCACAAGUAAAUUUUAGUUUUUCAGAGAAGAAGUCUCCACAUAGAGAAUAUUCAUUUCUUCCAUCUGGAGUUUCAUGCCAGAGGUUUUGGCUCACGGUGCCUGAGGCUGAGCCCUGCAGGAGCUGCCAGGGAUGGCUGCAUGGCUGCUUCCACCUCCUGGAGAAGACAAUGAAUGAGGGAUUGUGGAUUUUAAGGAUUUUCUUGGGAUUCUUUGACUUGAUUUCUUCUGAGGUUUUUUGUUUCCUUUCUGCUCUACAAUAUGUAUAGUAAAGAGGUUUUGUCCCAUUCAUCCUACCCCCACCAUUUCUUGUUAAUAUCUUCUGAGCGUUUUUUCUCCCUUAUGUUCCUUUAAAAAUCUAAUUUGCCAUCCAUGGAUGAAAAGGCUGCUCCCACAGUUUUUUCAGCAAGGGAUCUAGGAAAAAUGAGGACACACGUUGAGGGAGUGUGCCAGGAAAUGCCUGCAGUGCCAUACAAGUGUUACCUUAUUACAUGCACUUGUAGGUAACAUCACCCAGCACAGAAGGGUGAGGGCUCUGCAGUGGCACAGAAUACAGGGCUGCCCUGUGCUUUGGGAGGGAACAAACCCCCUGUCAAUAGUGAUUUUGUUCUGCUAAGAUAUCAGUGCAAAGAUUGCUAUUUAUUCUUCCUCUAAGUGCAAUGAAUGUGACCUAAUCUCUGCUUGUAAAUCUACAAUAGUUUAAAAAAAUAAAUAUCUUACUGCACUUGUAGACUGAUUUUCCAGUUUUUCCAGGCAGUAAUUCCCUCCUUGCUCUAACAGAAAAACAUUUUUCCUCAUCAGUGGCAGGUUGGCAGAGAAGUUGCUGGUCAUAAGGCUACAAAAGGAAUGAGAAGCAGGGACAGACCAGCUGCUGAAUAAGUUUGUGGGACUGGGGCUGCUGCUGCUGUUCAUUCUCAGCAUUCUUUCCCCUCACAUAGGAGUAGGUGAGGACACACAGGAGCACACGGGUAGUGUAAGUCAGUGACCCUUGGUCUGCAGGGUGAGGCUGAAGCUCUUUGGUGAAAGAAUGAGUAUUCCUUUGUGGGAAUUCCUGGGGAGAUGAUUCCCCCCUCUCCCUCUAGGUGCCAGCAGAGCACAACCCUUGUGAGGCGUUGCCUCCUGGGUGUAUUUCAGAACAGUGGUAAUUUGUAAUGCUGCUUGAUUACUUUUUAGAGAGGUUGGGAUUAACGGAUUGUCCUGUUCAGAACAAACUCUGCAUCCUUUGGACAGCUGAUGAAAAGAAAAAGCACCGGAGUUUAAACAUGUUCUUUGAUGAAUCUGUUUCUGCAAAUACGAAACAUGUUCUCACCUGUGAUGUAUCUCUCUGUAUUUCACAGAGAUCCCUGGGGAGGAGCAUGGCUGUUCCAGGGCUGUGAGCAUCGUGGUUGAACUUGUGCAUCCUGCCAGGCAGAGGCUGAUGGAGCCUGGGAUGUGCUGUGAGCUCCCUGCCUUGGGCUGUGCCAUCUCCCAGCUGGUCAUUUAAUGCCUGUCACCCUCUGGCCUGGGACAACUGAAAAGUGGGAUCCCUUCUGGUGCUGAAUGGAUCAGGCUGAAGCACCUUGUCCUGCUGCUCUGGGCUUCUCCACAUGCCUGCUGACAGGGCUCUCAGGGACUGCUCCUCUAAUGGCACUCAUUGCACCAAAAGAAAGGUGUGCCUCUCUGCUCCCUCACAGCCAGCAAGAGUUCUGGCCCUUAAAGAGCCUUUUUAUUCCUGUAUGGAGAGCAUCAGCUCCAUUUCCCAGUGUUUCUGCUGGCAGAGACUGAGACUGUGACUGGUUUGCAAGUGCUCUUAGAGAUGGAGCAUCGAGCACUUCUGCCCUGACAAUUAAGAGAUGCACCCACAGGCACCAGUGACUGUUGUGGACUCUCUUUGCUUGGACUUGGUUUUUGGGAAGCAGACAAACACAAGUGAAUGGAGAAGGACGUGAGAAAGAAAAGACACAGAGAAAGCCACACAAGCUGUUCAAAAACUGAAUUUCAAAUGCUCUCUGCACUUCCCCCAAGUGAUCUUCCUCUCAGAGAAACAGAACAGGUGGAACUGCAUAACACAUCAGUCCUCCAACAUGAAGAUCCCCUCUGACCUGUAGUGGAAAUUCCUUAUCUACACCUUCAUGUUGAUGAUCAACUGUCAGUAAGAGGUCCCAGAUCCCUUGGAGAGGAAAAUGCACUUGCUGAAUGAAGAAAAAAGAUCUGGGAAAAAGCCAGAAGACAAGGAGGCUGGGGUGUCUUGUGGGAAUCUCAGUGCCAUCCAAGCAGGAGCUCCUGUCUAUAAUUCAGGUUCCUGAAGGAAGGACAAGCUCAGCUGUUUGUUUGCACACAUCAGGAGGAGACAGAUAUCCAGCCUUUGCUUACUCGUAAGUAUGGAUCUGAAGAAAGGCAGAUAAGGUGUGCUGAGAGAUGGGACAGCCCGAUGGCAAAUUGCCCAUCAGGGAGCGGAGACAAAUCAAGCUUCAUCUUGAUGUUGCUGCUGGAGUCUCGGUAAAUGUCCAUCUGUCUGAUGAGCGUGAUGCAAAGGACAUUUUUGAAAAGGAGCCUUUUAACUCCGUAGACACGUAGGGACCCAUUCACGGGCAGGCACACACACGCGAGGAGGAGGAAGAAGAAGCAACUUCACGAUCGCUGCUUUUAAAAGGGAGAAGCUUUUUCCCUGGCUGGGACUUGCCUUCCUGCCUCCUCAGCCAGCUGCUAAAAGUAUGUUUCCGAGGCGGACUGCACUUCAGGGAACUUCUAUUUUCUGCUCGGCAGCUGUAGAGGAGCAGCAGCGAAGUUUGGAGUAACACCAAGUGAUGCGGGAAAAACACCCCGAGAGCAGAACACCCUCCUGCAGACACAACCCCUGCUGCUGCACACAGGUUGAUCAUGGUUGCCGUGACCCGCUCGCUCCUGGCGCUGCUGCUGUGCCAGGCGCUGCUGGGCGGCGCGGCCGGGCUCAUGCCGGAGGUGGGUCGGCGGCGCUUCAGCGAGCCGGGCCGCGCCGCCUCGGCCGCGCAGCGCCCCGAGGACCUGCUCAGCGAGUUCGAGCUGCGCCUGCUCCACAUGUUCGGGCUGAAGCGGCGGCCCAGCCCCGGCAAGGACGUCGUCAUCCCGCCCUACAUGCUGGACCUCUACCGCCUGCACGCGGGGCAGCAGCUGGGGCAGCCGGCGGCGCUGGGCUUCCCGCUGGAGCGGGCGGCCAGCCGCGCCAACACCGUCCGCAGCUUCCACCACGAAGAAGUUUUGGAAGAACUUCCAGAAACGAGUGGGAAAACAGCACGGCGUUUCUUCUUCAAUUUAACUUCCAUCCCCAGUGAGGAGUCUAUCACCUCAGCUGAACUCCAGAUUUUUCGGAAACAGGUGCACGGAGCCUUUGAGAACAACAGCAGCUACCAUCACCGUAUUAAUAUUUAUGAAAUUAUAAAGCCAGCCACAGCCACCUCUAAGGACCCUGUCACAAGACUUUUGGACACCAGGUUGGUGCAUCAUAAUGCAAGUAAAUGGGAAAGUUUUGAUGUAACGCCAGCUGUUUUGAGGUGGAUUGCACAUGGACAACCUAAUCAUGGGUUUGUGGUAGAGGUGGUUCACUUGGACAAAGAGAACAGUGCCUCCAAGAGGCACGUUAGGAUUAGCAGGUCUUUACAUCAGGAUGAAGAUAGCUGGUCUCAGCUCAGGCCAUUGUUAGUGACGUUUGGGCAUGAUGGCAAGGGACACCCGCUCCAUAAAAGAGAAAAGCGUCAAGCGAAACACAAACAGCGUAAACGCCACAAAUACAGUUGCAAAAGGCACCCGUUGUAUGUGGACUUCAAUGAUGUGGGGUGGAAUGACUGGAUUGUGGCCCCGCCGGGGUAUAGUGCCUUUUACUGCCACGGGGAAUGUCCCUUCCCUCUGGCAGAUCACCUAAACUCAACCAACCAUGCCAUUGUUCAGACUUUGGUCAAUUCAGUGAAUUCCAAAAUCCCCAAGGCUUGCUGUGUGCCGACAGAACUGAGUGCUAUUUCCAUGCUCUACCUUGAUGAAAAUGAAAAAGUUGUAUUAAAGAACUAUCAAGAUAUGGUUGUGGAGGGUUGUGGGUGCCGCUAACACAGCAAAUAUAUUAGACAAAUGCAAAAAAAAAAAAAUAGCUGACACUUUAAUAUUUCCCAAUGAAGACUUUAUUUAUGUAAUGAAAUGGAAAGAAAAAAAACACAACUAUUUUGAAAAUAUAUUUAUGUCUACGAAAAAGUUGGGAAAACAAAUAUUUUAAUCAGAGAAAUAUUCCUUUAAAGAUUUUAAAUGUAUUUUAGUUGUACAUUUUAUAUGGGUUUAACCCCAGCACAUGAAGUAUAAUGGUCAGAUUCUUAUUUUGUAUUUAUUUACUAUUAUAACCACUUUUUAGAAGAAUAGCUAAUUUGUAUUUAUAUGUAAUCAAAAAAGAAAAAAAUAUAGGGUUUGUACAUAAUUUUCCAAAAUUGUAGCUGUUUCAAUUGUGUGUAUUUAAGUUGAAAAGAAUACAUGGAAGGUUACUAUGGCAAAGUGCAUAGCACAUUUGCUUUCUGCUGUGCUACUGUUAAGGUCACAAGUUCAAGUCCAGAAAAAAGUGGAUAAUCCACUCUGCUGACUUUCAAGAUUAUAUUGUACAAUUCUCAGGAAUGCUGCAGGGUGGGCUGUCCAAUCCAUGAGAACUGGCAUCCUCUUUAGGUGGAACAUUUGGAUAAGAACCAGACAUUGCUGAUCUAGUAUAAAUACUGCUAUUCCCAACUAAUUUGCAGUGUGAA